AUGGCAUUCAACGGAUUCCUCCGCAAAGCAUACUGGACGCUCGCGGGCGCGGGCCUGAUAUAUGCCCUAGCUGUUGGGUCACUAACACACCCAGUGGUACAACGUAAUGCCACCUACGCACACAAUGUGAAUCCAGGAUAUUGGCAAAACUUGAGCAACGUGGAACAAUUCGGAUUUUUGCACCAUCAGGUUCAGCCGUUCACUGUCACAACGGCGGACAAUGUCACGAUUUUUGCGUGGCAUAUUUUACCUACGCACCUUUAUUUGAAGAACGAGGAGGCGCUCAAGGCCCAGCAUGACUUUGGCCAGAAACCAUAUGACGACGCCGCGAAGACUGUUGGCUUGCGUCUGCUCCUAGAUGACCCUGGAGCUACGGCAGUGGUUAGUUUCCACGGAAACGCCGCUCAUCUGGCUUCUAGUCAUCGACCGGCGACAUAUCAACAGUUCCUAGGGACAUCGGCUCCCGAAAGAGCUGUUCAUGUUAUCGCAUUCGAUUAUCGUGGCUUCGGCUGGAGCACAGGCAGUCCCACCGAGGAAGGCGUGAUCCAAGACUCUGUCUCUCUUCUAUCAGCCCUGACUGGCCACAGCUCUACGUCUUCAGAGCUAUCUCGAUCCCAACCAUCCUUGGAUCCGUCUCAAAUCGUCCUCGUCGGGCAAUCCCUAGGCACAUUCGUCUCCUCCGCAUUAUACCACGAAUGGACAAUCACGCUGGGCCGCGCUCCAUUUAGAGCUCUCGUUCUUUUUGCCAGCUUUACUUCCCUCACGAAGCUGCUGGAUUCCUAUUCUAUCAAAGGCUUUACCCCACCCCUUCUGUCCCCACUACUCGGUUACCCGAGGAUCCAGCAGUACGUGCUUUCUAAGAUUGCAGACAAAUGGGACACCAACCAACGGCUCGUGGAGCUGGUUAGCGACCCUGCAAUCCAGCUUGACCUGUCGAUCGUGCACGCACGCGAUGAUUGGGAGAUCCCGUGGAGCGAAGGCCGCAGAAACUGGGAUGGUGUACUCGAUGCAGCCACGUCAGCGGCUGGUGCAAAGAUUGACUUCCCACGUGAUAGAGACUCUGAGUCAUGGGUGAGUGCCGAUGACAGGAAAAGGCUGCGCUGGCAGAGGGUCCGCCAUGGAGGUCACAAUCGAAUCCCCACAAGCGAGCAGGCCAAGUUGACUCUGCUACGGUUGUUUGAAGAAUAG